UUGAGUAAAAGCGCGCCAAGCGUAUUUCUUCCAGAGCUCGUUGGUGGUUUUGGUUUCCCGAGAUGGAUUUUCUCGCUAUGCUUUUUAGAUGCUCGUUUUGACCAUCUUUCUUUCUUUCUUCCCAGAGGAUUCGGUUCCAGGAAAAUGUUCUCCAGUCGUGUACAAGGAGGAGGAUCGCGAGGCUCCGAUGUUCGUCUCGUCGACAAAGGCAAAUACAUUGUCCUGGACAAUGGAAUUGUUCGCAUCACACUGACGAGUCCCGGCGGGUUGAUCACGUCUAUUUCUUACGGAGGCAUCGACAAUCUGCUAGAAGUUGCCAAUGCUGAAACAAAUCGAGGUUACUGGGAUCUGAAUUGGAACGUCCCCGGAGGAAAGGACACCUUUGAUGUGCACCACGCUACGAGCUUUCGUGUUAUUUCUAGCGAUGGCAACAAAGUCGAGGUCUCUUUUCUUCGUCCAUAUGUCCCCGACCGAAGUAUGGUUCCUCUUCAAAUCGACAAGAGGUUCGUGCUUCUUCGGGGUAACACAGGAUUUUAUAGCUAUGCCAUUUUUGAGAGGCCCGAAGGCUGGCCCGAUUUCGACAUGAACCAAUGCCGUAUCACGUUUAAGCCACGGAGUGACAGAUUCGAAUAUAUGGCUGUUUCCGACACUGUGUUCCGACAAAUGCCAACAUCUAGUGACCGAUCACCUGAACGUAGCAAAGCACUCGCCUAUCCUGAAGCUGUGAUCCUGGAAGACCCGCAUAAUUCGGCGCUCAAGGGAGAGGUGGAUGACAAGUAUCAGUACUCUGCUGAAAACAAGGACAAUGUGGUGCAUGGCUGGGUUUCUACGAAUCCACUCGUUGGUUUUUGGAUCAUCACAGCCAGUGACGAGUUUCGAAAUGGUGGCCCGCUGAAGCAAAACUUGCGCUCGCAUGCAGGACCCACUGCUCUUUCUAUGUUUCACAGCGCUCACUACGCAGGGGAAGCAUUGUGUCCUUCUUUUCGAGAUGGAGAGCCUUGGCUGAAAGUAUUUGGACCGGUUUUCAUCUACUUGAAUUCAGCUCAAGCGAACUUGGACCCUCGUUAUCUGUGGGACGAUGCAAAGCAGCAGAUGCUUGUGGAGGUUCAUUCCUGGCCAUAUAGCUGGCCUGCCUCACCAGAUUACGUGAAGGAUGAUGAGCGUGGCUCUGUUUCUGGACGACUGCUAGUUUAUGACAAGUACGCAGACCCUCAAGUUCCAGCGUCGUUUGCGUGGAUUGGUCUCGCUAAACCGGGGAUUGCUGGAUCAUGGCAAACCGAAAGCAAGGGGUAUCAAUUCUGGGCCGAAGCAGAUGCCAGUGGCAGUUUUAUGAUCCAUAAUGUUAUUCCCGGGACUUACAACCUCUUUGGCUACGUUCCUGGUGUUCUGGGCGAUUACAAAAUGGAAGCCGACAUUACAGUGCAGGAAGGUUCUUCCUUGGAGCUUGGAGAACUUGUCUUCAAUCCUCCAAGGAACGGUCCUACAAUUUGGGAGAUUGGAGUUCCUGAUAGAUCGGCUGCUGAGUUUUACAUACCGGAUCCUGAUCCGGGCUUCGUCAACAGAGCUUUUGUGAACAUCACAGCUGACAGGUUUAGACAGUAUGGAUUGUGGGAAAGAUACUUCGAGCUUUACCCGGAGACCGAGGUUGUAUACACUGUUGGCGAGAGCAAAUGGCAAACCGACUGGUUUUUCUUACAGGGAUGCUGGAAGUCGAAAGAUGGAAACUUGAAAGCAUCAACUUGGAAGAUCAAGUUCCAACUUGACAAGGUCUCUCUAGUGGGAACCUACACGCUACAACUAGCAAUAGCAGCCGCAACCAACGCUGCUCUUCAGGUCCGGGUGAACGAUCCAACGCUUUACACUCCACAUUUUGAUACACUCCAGUUUGGCAAGGACAAUGCCAUAGCUCGCCAUGGAAUCCACGGCUUGUACGCGAUGUGGAGCAUCGACGUCGAGUCGAAGCUCCUCAAGGAGGGAGAGAAUAUCAUCUACCUCACACAGAGAAAAUACGCCAGUGUAUUUAACGGGGUUAUGUACGACUAUUUGCGUCUUGAAGCCCCUCCGCUGUGAAAGACAUAACAUGAUAAAUAAC